AUGUCAUAUCCCCCAAGCUCUUUUUCUCGAGAAACACCAUCGUCAUCUUUACCAAUAUCAGCCUGCGACGGCCCAGGCACUGUCACACAGAGAUCUAGCUCUGGUCCUUCCGUCCAAAAUGAUGGUCCUGCGUUGGUCCAGGCAUCCGCUUUCCGCAAUGUCUCGGCAUGUAAUCGCUGUCGGUUGCGCAAACAUCGCUGUGACCAGCGUCUGCCGCAGUGUCAACCUUGUGAAAAAGCACGAGUGCGCUGUGUAGGUUACGACCCAAUAACAAAACAGGAAGUUCCGCGCAGCUAUGUCUUCUGGCUAGAGAAUCGAGUAGAUUAUCUCAAAAACGUUCUCUUGGACCACAAUAUCGCAUUCCGUCCAGAAGCCGCAUCCGAUGAAGACAAGUCAUCUUCGGCAGAUGCUACUUCGGACAUCGCGCUCUCUCAUAUAAUUUCACGAAGUCCAGAGCUGGAGUCAUGGCCCGGACGCUAUACUCGCUCAAUGAAGAGAGAAAGAAGCGUGGGCCCGGGAGCCAAGUCAGAGCAACAGUCGACUAGGCUCAACGACCAGCAGCGAUUUCAUGACCUUAUCUCGGAUAUGCUUCCAGGAAAGACGGCCCUGUAUGAGUUUGGAGCGCCAAAGGCAACGCGCGACGUGACCAACGUCAAGAGAAAUCCGAUUCAGGAAUCAUUUUUCGGUCUGCAGGGAGGGAAAUCGCACAAGAACUAUGCGGCAUUCCCUGAUCGAGACUUGGCCAACACGCUGGUCGAUCUCUAUUUCGACUAUGCAAAUCCGCAGAUCCCGAUACUAAAUCGGGCUGAAUUCAUGGGACUUCUUGACCUCACAUACUCUACGCUCGAGGAAGAGCGACCUUCUUGUGACCUCUGCUUCCUUUACCUUGUUUUCGCUAUCGGCGCUGCUAUUGUUUUCGACACGGCACGGCUGCCGGCCGGGAACACAGAAUAUGAUUCUAGUCUCUCAUCCUCCCUAGGUCCGAGAAAGAGGCAGAAAGUUUCAUCUAAACAAUACCAGCCAGAGGAGUACCACGCCUCUGCUAUGGCAUAUAUGGAGUUAUCUGUCAACUCGAGUUUCGCGCUAGAUCAAUUAGGAACCAUCAAAUAUCUGCAGGCCAUAGUGUUGCUGGGCAGCUUUAGCUUAUUGAGACCAGUCGUGCCCGGCUUGUCACACGUCAUCGGUUUGACGCUCCGGUGGGCGGUUGAUCUGGGUCUUCAUGAUGAAGCUGAAACAGAUGACGACCAUGAUGCUUGGGACUGGCAGCCAUGGCGUCGUGAAAUUCCCAUCCAGCAAGAGGAGGGCAGUGAUAUUCGUCGGCGUUUGUGGUGGUGUAUAUACAGCCUCGAUCGUCUCGUUGCUCCCUUUGUCGGUCCGCCAUUCUUUGGUGUCGCAGACCAUGUCAUUACUGCUAAGUUUCCUCAUCUCGAGGACAAGUACGAGCAUGUGUCUCUCCAUUACUUCAAGCUACGAAUUCUCCAAUCCGAGAUCUACGAUGCCCUACAACACCAACCAGGUGGACGAACAAAAGACCAUCGUUCAGACGGAUUGCGGGGAUUUAAAUCAUUGAAUAUGUGGAGAAGGCAUAUAACCCGGCAGCUUGAUGAGUGGAGAGCCAUGAUACCCCGUCAAAGGCACGCAAAUGCACGCUUUCCUACUAUUUUCAUGGAACUCGAAUACUGGCAAUCUCUUCUUAUGCUUUACCGACCUACUAUUAUAGUCCCUCCUGAGCUAGUAGGACGCUCGGCUUUCACUAACCAUGUCUCUGAGCAACACUAUUGGCAAAACGCCGAAGACGGUCUGAUUUGCCUUAAAGUGGCUGAAGCUGGCCAAAGGGUCCUUCGGAUUCAUCGAGCCAUACACCAUGUCCACUUGAUCAACCUCACAUACCUGGCAACUCAUGGCAUCUUCCUUGCUGGUAGUCUUUUCCUAUUCGCCGUUUGGAACUCAUCACAAGUUCGCCAAAAAUUGGUACGUAUUAUAAGGCUUUAUGGACAGUACACCAGUAAUAACAGACGACAGAGCCUGAAUGGUAUUGAUUACACGCUUCGAGCGGCCACAUCUGUGCUAAACGACUUCGUGGACAUAUAUCCACCUGCAAGACAUUGUGGUGAAGCUCUUGAGCGCAUGGGUAUCGCAACGGUGCAAAUGUGUCUAACUACCACCGGCUUUAUGACGCCAGGUGGGUCAUUUCCUUCCACAGGAUAUCGACGAGACCAUAGUCCGACGCACGAUCCAAGUUCCCCGAAGGAGACCCUUCCGCCUUCUAUCAAGAGUCCUUUGGAACAUAUGCAUCAGGCAAAACCCAACCAAAUGCAUUUCGCACCACCCCUUACGACUUCAUUUACGGAAGCUUUGUCCACUGGAGCCCUAGAGCGAGAACCACCACAAAUUUCGCCUGCAUUCCAGAGAAACAACUCAGCUGCAAGGUCUCCUAGCAGUGUCAGCACUUUGGCGGACCUUCACCGGUCACAGAAUUACUCGGAAUCUCUGCUCGAAGGAUCUUCCCUAGAGACAGCCUUCGAAUCUUGGGCUAAUACACCUAAGCAUUCAGAGGACCAGAAAUGGUCUGAAAUAGCUCUUGAGUUUCUCAAUUUCGAUGAGUCCAAAAUCGACUCUGCUGGAUAG